CUUAAUAAAAGCAGAUUGUCUUCAACAUUCUUUCCUACAAACUCCCUACUUCCCUUCCUCACACCCACUAACUAAUAUCUCUCUUUCUUUCUUUCUUGGCCUCUUAACCUAUCAACUUUAGAUUUAUAUCAUCUCCACAAACAUCCUUAGUUUCUCCGAACUUUCACAAAAAUCUCAAUCUCAAUGGCAAAACAACCACUCUGGUCUCCACCUGAGUUAGACGCCGCGUUCGGCUUCCCCUCCGAGUUCCCCUACGAGUUCGAAAUAUCUUCCCCGGCGGUGGAAUCCGUAGCAGGUUCAAGUUCAACAGAGUCAACAGAGAGCAGCGACGAAGAAGAAAGCUUCUUCGCGGGGUUAACUCAACGACUCAGUCAGUCAACACUCAACGAAACCCGGAACAAACUCGCCGCGGAGCCUAUCAACGCUUGGAACAAACCCCAAGCAACAGUUCAUCAUUCCACCAAAACUCGUGACAUGGCCGGGUCGCCUCAGUCCAUUCUGAGCGGAAUCGGUAGCUGGUCGACUGGAAGCAACCGGUCGGGUAACGGUAGCCCGAACGGAAACUCUCGUGUUCCGUCUCCUGUAACGGCGCCGUUUACUGAUCCGUGGGAAGUUAUUUAUGCUGCUGCAGGACAAGUUGCUAGGUUGAAAAUGAACAACCUAGUGGGUCCCGCACAUGUUAACUUGGUUCAGCCAGAAGUGAAACAGAAGCAAGAGUGCGGUUCCGUUUGGGAAACGGAUCCUAAUUGGUUGCUUCAUCAACGACAGUUACUGAUUCAGAACAGGAGGCGUGAACUAGGUUACGAAACUGGAAGAUGUAACGUUCCUAUGUCUUUUCAACCUCAUCCUCAAAACCAACGGGUUCAACAAUAUACUGGAUCCGGGUUUCGGGUUCCGGUUCCGGGUGGAUCUUCUGUGAAAAAACCUUCUGGUGGAACCGGUGUAUUUUUACCUCGUCAUUAUGAUAAUAAUACUACUACCACCCCUUCAGCUUCUCACAAGAGAACUGGGUGUGGACCUGUUAUGCAACCGGUCAAGCCGGUUAACGGUUUGAAUUUGAACAUUGGGGACAUGAAUGUUACUGCUCAAAAUCGAUUCACAAAUUGUUUCACCAACGAUUUCGAUUUAUUGUUGGCCAGAAGAAACGCAGUUUUGAAGCAGCAAAGAUUAAUUGCCCUGCGGGAAGAAGCAGCCAGCUGUGAAAUUCGUCUACCGCAAGAAUGGACUUAUUGAGUUUUCUUCUCUAAACAAAGAAUGACACAUUUAAUCUCCAUGUUAAAGAAAGUAGCAGUAGGAACUUGUUGUUUGUGAAAGUUUUACAUGAUAUUUUGUUUUAAAUAGAUAAAAUUCAAUGGUGUGGUAGUUAAGGUUUAGUAACAAUAACAAAGUCCAGUUCUUGUGUAAGAAAGAUUUUAGCUUUUGGGAUAUGGUUUCAUCUUGUUUUAGUGAAAGAAUAGUAGUGUAGGGAAGCGCAUUUUAGCUAAUUAUAUUUAUUAAUAAUAUAAUAAAUAUUGUAAUAAUAUAUAAGUUAUUCA